AUGUCAAAACGGAUUAGGCCUGGGCCUACCAGGCCCAAGGCCCACCUCUUCAUCUCGCUGGGCAAUACUAACACACCCUCUCUCACUUUCGAAUUCCCUUGGAUCCACGCCCGCCAUGGCCGCGAACGCCCCCAUCGCCAUGCGCGAAGCCUUAACGGUCCUCCUUCCCCCACUCUCCCGUCGUUUUCCGCGCAAUGCCUCGCCACAUUGGCCAUUCUCUCGUCGUUUUCUGACUCUCCGAUACGCUCAUCGUUUUUGCAGUUGGGAAGCGUCGGCAUCAACCCGCAGUUCAUCACCUUCACGCACGUUACCAUGGAGUCGGACAAGUACAUUUGCGUCAGGGAAACCGCGCCGCAGAACAGCGUCGUCAUGAUCGACAUGAACAUGCCCAUGCAACCACUCCGACGCCCUAUCACCGCCGAUUCCGCUCUCAUGAACCCUAACACCAGAAUUCUCGCGCUUAAAGGUGAGGGUGAGCCAGUGAAGAUGUUUGAUCGAACAACUAAUUUGGCGAAUAAUCAGAUUAUCAAUUAUCGUUGUGAUUCUACUGAAAAGUGGUUGGUUUUGAUUGGAAUUGCCCCUGGUUCUACUGAGAUACUUUUUGAUCAACAGCUGCAUAGACAACAGUUACAUGAACAUAUUUCAGUUAUUUCUCUUUAUUUGUACACUGCAAUCGCCCUAAUUUACUUCUCUGGUAUUGUUGUGAGAAAUGAGGACUACAAGGGCUUUCACCCUGACCAAGCAAACAUAACAACCCCCUUCUCCUUGUCUUCAAUGCAUCUCUCUCCUCCCAUCUCAUUGGCUGAUGUGCAUGGUGAUGUGUGUGGCCUCCUUUUCGACAACGACCAUUGGCAUCAUACUUGCCUUGCCCUCUCUGCCCUUCCUUUCCUAGACCUUACCUCCACCACCCCACUUGUCUCUGAUCGUACCAUUGUGUCUAGUGCACCACCUAAUCCAACACCUCCACCUCCACCUCCACCUCCUCUUCAAGGGAGUGGGGAUAGACCACAACUUGUAAAAGGAAAUAUGCAACUCUUCUCUGUGGAUCAACAGCGGAGCCAGGCUCUUGAAGCACAUGCUGCUUCAUUUGCCACAUUUAGAGUUGCUGGCAAUGAUAAAGACUCAACUCUUAUUUGUUUUGCAUCCAAGAGCAUAAAUGCUGGACAAGUUGCAUCAAAGAUGCAUGUCAUUGAACUUGGUGCCCAGCCAGGCAAGCCAUCAUUUUCAAAAAAACAAGCAGAUCUCUUCUUCCCUCCUGACUUUGCUGAUGACUUUCCCGUAUCAAUGCAGAUUUCAAAUAAGUAUGGCUUGAUAUAUGUUAUCACAAAACUUGGGCUUUUAUUUGUCUAUGAUCUAGAGACUGCCACUGCAGUUUAUAGAAAUCGAAUCAGCCCUGAUCCGAUAUUUUUGACAGCAGAAGCCUCAUCUGUAGGGGGCUUUUAUGCUAUAAAUAGACGUGGCCAGGUGUUGCUUGCUACUGUGAAUGAAGCAACCAUUGUACCUUUUGUUAGUGGCCAGUUAAAUAAUUUGGAACUUGCUGUUAGUCUUGCUAAAAGAGGGAACCUCCCUGGUGCAGAAGAACUGGUUGUUAAGCGUUUUCAAGAAUUAUUUGCUCAGACCAAGUAUAAGGAAGCUGCAGAGCUCGCUGCACAAUCGCCACAAGGAGUACUCCGAACUCCUGAUACUGUUGCUAAAUUUCAGAGUGUACCUGUGCAAGCUGGGCAAACGCCACCACUAUUGCAAUACUUUGGAACUUUGUUAACCAUGGGAAAACUCAAUGCUUUUGAAUCAUUGGAACUGUCACGACUUGUUGUAAAUCAGAACAAAAAGAAUCUCUUGGAAAAUUGGCUAGCAGAGGAUAAACUUGAAUGCAGUGAGGAGCUUGGUGACCUUGUGAAGACAGUGGAUAAUGACCUUGCAUUGAAAAUUUACAUAAAAGCUAGAGCCACACCAAAAGUUGUUGCAGCUUUUGCAGAGAGGAGGGAAUUUGACAAGAUCCUGAUAUAUUCUAAGCAGGUUGGAUACACACCUGAUUAUAUGUUCCUUCUUCAAACAAUUUUACGAACAGACCCCCAGGGAGCUGUAAAUUUUGCUCUGAUGAUGUCUCAAAUGGAAGGAGGAUGCCCUAUUGACUACAACACAAUAACUGAUCUAUUUCUUCAGAGGAAUUUGAUCCGUGAGGCAACAGCCUUUUUAUUGGAUGUGCUGAAACCAAACCUUCCUGAACAUGGAUAUCUUCAAACAAAGGUUUUGGAAAUUAAUCUGGUAACCUUUCCAAAUGUUGCUGAUGCUAUAUUGGCCAACGGCAUGUUCAGCCAUUAUGAUCGCCCACGUAUUGGACAAUUAUGUGAAAAGGCGGGCCUUUUCAUUCGGGCUCUUCAGCAUUAUUCUGAGUUGCCAGACAUCAAACGUGUCAUUGUGAAUACACAUGCCAUUGAGCCACAGGCUUUAGUUGAGUUCUUUGGUACCCUUUCUCGGGAAUGGGCACUAGAGUGUAUGAAAGAUCUUCUACUUGUCAAUCUUAGGGGCAAUCUUCAAAUUAUUGUUCAGACUGCUAAGGAGUAUUCUGAGCAGCUGGGUGUUGAUGCAUGCAUUAAACUAUUUGAGCAGUUCAAAUCGUAUGAGGGACUAUACUUUUUCUUGGGUUCAUACUUGAGCUCCAGUGAGGAUCCUGAUAUUCACUUCAAGUACAUUGAAGCUGCUGCUAAAACUGGGCAAAUUAAGGAGGUAGAGCGUGUAACUAGGGAAUCAAACUUUUAUAAUGCUGAGAAGACAAAGAAUUUUCUUAUGGAGACCAAGCUUCCAGAUGCACGACCAUUGAUUAAUGUCUGUGAUCGCUUUGGAUUUGUUCCAGAUCUAACCCAUUAUCUUUAUACUAGCAACAUGCUCCGAUAUAUUGAAGGUUAUGUUCAAAAGGUCAAUCCUGGAAAUGCUCCUCUAGUAGUAGGACAGUUGUUAGAUGAUGAAUGCCCUGAAGAUUUUAUUAAAGGUCUUAUACUUUCAGUUCGUUCUCUUUUGCCAGUGGAGCCUUUAGUUGAAGAAUGUGAGAAGAGGAAUCGUCUGCGCUUGCUUACCCAAUUCUUGGAGCAUCUCGUAAGUGAAGGAAGCCAGGAUGUGCAUGUACAUAAUGCCCUGGGUAAAAUCAUUAUUGACAGCAACAACAAUCCAGAGCAUUUUCUCACAACCAAUCCAUACUAUGAUUCUCGUGUUGUUGGUAAAUAUUGUGAAAAGCGGGAUCCUACCCUUGCUGUUGUUGCUUACCGAAGGGGGCAAUGUGAUGAUGAGCUUGUUAAUGUUACUAAUAAAAACUCCUUGUUCAAACUCCAAGCAAGAUAUGUUGUGGAAAGGAUGGACUCUGACCUUUGGGAGAAAGUUCUUAAUCCUGAGAAUGAAUUUAGAAGACAGUUGAUUGAUCAAGUGGUGUCUACUGCUUUGCCUGAAAGCAAGAGUCCAGAGCAAGUUUCAGCUGCGGUGAAAUCUUUUAUGACUGCUGAUCUUCCUCAUGAGUUGAUUGAGCUUCUUGAAAAGAUUGUUCUACAAAAUUCUGCUUUUAGUGGAAAUUUUAAUCUGCAAAAUUUGCUGAUCCUCACUGCAAUCAAGGCAGAUCCUUCAAGAGUUAUGGAUUACAUUAAUAGGUUGGACAACUUUGAUGGACCUGCAGUUGGGGAGGUGGCUGUGGAAGCACAACUAUAUGAAGAGGCAUUUGCUAUUUUCAAGAAAUUUAAUUUGAAUGUUCAGGCUGUUAAUGUACUGCUGGAUAAUCUCCAGAAUAUUGAUCGUGCCGUGGAGUUUGCUUUCCGUGUUGAAGAAGAUGCUGUUUGGAGCCAGGUGGCUAAAGCACAACUUAGAGAAGGCUUAGUGAGUGAUGCAAUCGAGUCAUUUAUUCGAGCAGAUGAUUCAACUCAUUUCUUAGAGGUUAUUAAGGCUGCUGAAGAUGCAGAUGUAUACCAUGACCUGGUAAAGUAUCUUCUCAUGGUUAGGCAGAACACCAAAGAGCCCAAGGUGGACAGUGAGCUCAUCUAUGCUUAUGCUAAGAUUGACCGGCUUGGAGAAAUUGAAGAGUUUAUACUGAUGCCAAAUGUUGCCAAUUUACCAAAUGUUGGAGACCGCUUGUAUGAUGAGACUUUGUAUGAGGCUGCAAAAAUCAUAUUUGCUUUUAUUUCUAACUGGGCUAAGUUGGCAGUCACAUUGGUGAAGCUUAAACAGUUCCAAGGUGCUGUUGAUGCUGCCAGGAAAGCAAACAGUUCAAAAACAUGGAAGGAAGUUUGUUUUGCCUGUGUUGAUGCUGAGGAAUUCCGCCUAGCUCAGAUUUGUGGUCUCAAUGUCAUCAUUCAGGUGGAUGAUUUGGAGGAGGUUAGCGAGUUUUAUCAGAACAGAGGAUGCUUCAAUGAACUCAUAUCUCUAAUGGAAAGCGGGUUAGGUUUGGAGCGUGCACAUAUGGGUAUAUUUACAGAGUUGGGAGUUCUAUAUGCAAGAUAUCGUCCCGAGAAACUGAUGGAACACAUUAAGUUGUUCUCAACUCGGCUUAACAUUCCAAAGCUUAUUCGGGCAUGUGAUGAACAACAGCAUUGGAAAGAACUUACAUACCUAUACAUCCAAUAUGAUGAGUUUGAUAAUGCUGCAACGACUGUCAUGAAUCACUCUCCAGAAUCAUGGGACCACAUGCAAUUCAAAGAUGUUAUAGUUAAAGUUGCAAGUGUAGAACUCUACUAUAAGGCUGUUCACUUCUACCUACAAGAACAUCCAGAUAUAAUAAAUGAUAUGUUAAAUGUGAUUGCACUUCGUGUGGACCAUACUCGUGUGGUAGAUAUAAUGCGGAAGGCUGGCCACCUCAGAUUGGUUAAGCCGUACAUGGUUGCAGUUCAAAGCAACAAUGUAUCUGCUGUCAAUGAAGCUCUGAAUGAAAUUUAUGUUGAGGAAGAGGACUAUGACAGACUUCGAGAAUCAAUAGAUCUGCAUGACAACUUCGAUCAGAUAGGUCUUGCACAGAGGAUUGAGAAGCAUGAACUUCUUGAGAUGAGGCGUGUUGCUGCGUACAUUUACAAGAAAGCUGGAAGAUGGAAGCAAUCCAUUGCUUUGUCAAAGAAAGACAAUCUUUACAAGGACUGUAUGGAAACAUGCUCGCAAUCUGGUGAUCGAGAACUCUCAGAAGAUUUGCUUAUCUACUUUAUUGAGCAGGGAAAGAAAGAGUGUUUUGCGUCAUGUCUCUUUGUCUGUUAUGAUAUUAUCCGGCCAGAUGUUGCUCUCGAGCUAGCUUGGAUGAACAACAUGAUUGAUUUUGCAUUCCCAUAUCUCUUACAGUUUAUUCGAGAGUACACAAGCAAGGUGGAUGAGCUUAUCAAGGACAAACUGGAUGCACAAAAUGAGGAGAAAGCCAAGGAAAAGGAGGAGAAGGAUGUGAUUGCUCAGCAGAAUAUGUAUGCCCAGUUGCUACCGCUUGCUUUGCCGGCACCUCCAAUGCCAGGAAUGAGUGGAGGUUAUACCGCUUCCACGCCUCCAAUAAUGGGUGGAGGCUAUACCCCUUCCCCAUCUCCACCACCUAUGGGUGGAAUGGGAAUGCCACCAAUGCCUCCUUUUGGUAUGCCUCCAAUGGGGGGCGGCUACUGA